ACUUUUAUUUUGUGUUGCUGUCAGUUGCGAGUGUCAGGAGUCGAGCGCAGUGUACUGUAGUACAGUAGUACAGUAAGUUUGUUAGUUAUUGAUUCCUGAUCAUGGCCAGAAGUGACGGAGGCUCGUAUUUCAGGAGAUCCAGUCUCUUCUGGAUGGUGGUCGUGACGGGUUUCUUGAGUUUUUACACGUGGACGGUGUUCUGGCCUCAGGACGUCCCGUAUGGCCUUCUGGGUCCUCUCGGCGCUCUGGCCAAGUAUUUCGUGGACUAUCAUUAUCCUGUGAUGUAUUACGGAUGGUUUAUGACGUGGGUCAUCCAUUUGUUCGAGGCUCUGUUUGCGCUGAAGCUCUGCAGGUAAGAGCCUUGUGUUUCAUGUUUUCAACCACACGGUGGCAGUACAGACCAUCAGAUCUGUGGAGGUGUGCCUGAUGCGCUCUGUGCGUUAUAUGAACUUACUGUACUUGUGGAAUACCUGAAUUAAUUAUAGAAAUGAUGCCAAAAAAGUGUUGAAAAUGCUCAUCCGAGAUUAGGAUGUGUUUGU